AUGCCGGAGUCUAUCAUCCGUGACUGUCACCAGUACCCUGUCUUUAGCUCGGUCGCGUCCGAAACUCCCUCCGCCUGUACAGUCACGAAAGUAGCGCACACAGCCGUGCAGUACCGGGCUAAUAAUUGGCCGCGCCGUGGGAAAACGCGCCACCUGUCACGCCAACCGUACUUCUUGUACUGCCGCCUCACCCAUAAGGCACCGGUUGGUAACUCACCCGCCGAAUAUCGUCAAAAACUCCAGAAGGCAACCUUCCCUUGC